GAGAGAGAGAUGGGGGUGCGCAGGCGCACAUUGGAAAGGUGUGAAUCGUUCUAGUUGAUCACUUCCACCCUUCAUAUAGAAGCUUUCACGUGCCGGUGAGUUAAUCCACCAAGGAUCGCGAGAGGCAGAAGGCUGAGUGGAAGAGAGGCUCGGCACCGCUGCACCGCAGUAUGCUUGCAGAGAUGAGUGUUUCCGCGUGCUUGGUGCCUCUGCUCUCCAAGGAGGAACACCUGCUGUGGGCUAAGAGGGUCAAGCCACACCUGCCUCACUGUGUUACGAUACACAACAACCUGGUGCAGCACGGACUGGGCUUGGUUUGCCACGACACCUUCUAUGUGCUGCGGGACCGGCCACAUUCAGUCACCGUACUGUGCAGGAAGGAGAUAAUCCCACACACACAACACAUCGGUAUAUUCUGCCUGAAGGAGGAAGUUAGCUCUCUUGUAGAAGCCCUGAGGUCUUCACCCGUGAUUGACUGGGAGGACGCGAGGAGGACCCAUCUUGUCAUCCACCACGUCCCUCCCUACGUUGUUGAGUCCAUGGUGAGGCUGAUGCAGGAGAAAGGAAUGAAGGCGCAGUUAAUAGCUCGCUUCACCUUCACCUAUGACGCUCACCUGGACCCUCACACGCUUAGGGUACCGGCGGGCUUCCGUGUGUGCAGGCUGGGCAGAGCAGGCGUCCGUCACCUCCUGGAGAAUGCUAAGUACGGUGGAAUACCCCUGGACCUCAUGUACAGGAUGGCAGAGGGCGUGCCUUACGUAGGAGUGUACCAGGACCCAACCAGCACACAGGAGGCGACAGUAGAUCCAGAGAACCUUCCUGUCGCUGGAGACGAGGAGAUACCAGUGGCUUGGUGUUGCUCGGGUCCCUCAGGAGACGUGGCCAAGCUGAUAACACACGAGAGUUUCAGGAGACGUGGGUUUGGAAAGCUGCUGACGGCGACGUUAGCGAGGCGACAAGCUGCCCUCCUUGGCUUUAUUCCUCAUGGUAUAGUUGAGGUGGACAAUUCUGCCUCUAAAGCAAUGGUAUAUAAUUCUCCUGGCUGGAGGAUGACACAUGAAAGUAUCCGGAUUACUAAAUGUCAGGGGUCUUUAUAGCUGAGUCUUGGAGGCUGAGGACCUGCUAUCUUUAUGGUGGUCCUCGAGACUGUAACCUUUCCACCAGGGGCCAAUGGGAAUGAAAUGUGUGUGUGUGUGUGUGUGUGUGUGUGUGUGUGUGUGUGUGUGUGUGUGUGUGUGUGUGUGUGUGGUGUUUUCUGUGUUGUGAACCAGCGCCGUGUGGUAUUGCCGCCCUGGUGUGUAGAUAGAUGAAUUCUUUUAUAUAAAUGGAGACUAGGCAAGGGAAGGAGAAGGGCGCAGGAAGCUGUCUGUGGGCUUAACAGUGGUGGGGCUUAACAGUGUUGUUACGUCCCUCAAUUGUCAUAUUUGCUUAGUUCAAUAUAUUUGUUAAGAUAAGUGGUGAUGUUAUUCUGCUAUAUAUAAUUGUUGAUAUAUUUGUAGUAUGAUGAAUGUGAGGCUUUGUUGCAGUGAAGUCAUUUAACGUGCUUUUGGGGAAAUAGAUGCCUGUCUUUUAUGAACAGAGUGAAAGUCAAUCAAAGUGAACAUUACGAGUGAACAAUGAAUAAGUAACGUGAAAGAUAUAUAUACUAACAUAACUGCAUUGUAUUUUCCAUUAGGUAUAUUUCUGGAAAUAGUAAAAAAGCGGAAAAAUAAAACAAAACAUAAUGAAUAAAUAAGUUGAAUGAUACAAAAAUACUUGAAUUGUGUUCCACAUUUUAUUUAUUAUUUUCUGAAAGUCAAACAAAGAAGCAAAGAAAAAAGAAAAAUAUUGGAAAAUCAGCAGGGACAGCAGGGACACUGGGCGGUGUUUUGUGGCCUCAGUCUUUGCCUUCCUUUUGUGCACUGGGACCUCUCUCUCUCUCUCUCUCUCUCUCUCUCUCUCUCUCUCUCUCUCUCUCUCUCUCUCUCUUACAAGCAAAUAA